UCACUUCAUCAUUAUUUUUACUCUCUAAAAACCAUAAUUACCCUCAAACGAAGAAGAAUAUUCUUUUGUGGUUCGAAUGUCGAUGAUCGAUUUAUCCGCAAUAAAAAAGAAAAUAUAAAAAAAAAAUUGGGAAAUGAAAGAAAGGGAGAAAGGAGAAGGAAGGAGAUCGUCUGGAUUUUAGUCACCAUUUAAGACCAUACACAUGCGUAAUCAAUAAGCCAUUUUAGCUCUUCUUUUCUUCCGUAAACCCAAACCCUAAAUCUCUCUUUUUAGUUGUUUUUCUUUUGACACUCCCCAUCUCACGUCACACUUUUGUUUCACUGUAUCCUCACACGUACAACACACAACAAAAGCAACGACCCCAUUUUCCAGAUCUGACUAAACUAGACCAACCCCCAUUUCCCAUUUUUGCUUUUGUUCCUUAGCUACCCAUUUCUUCUCUCAUUGUGAAUCUUUUAUUAGAUCGGCUUAAACCCAGAAAAGAAGGAAAUAAAGAACACCACUUGUUAAAUUUUUUUUAUGGGAUUGUUUCAAAGUUGAAUUAUUUUAAGUUACAGGAAUUUUGUUUGUGAUUUUACGUGAUCCGGUUGGAUUUUGUGGGAUUUAAAUUAAUUAGAUCUGGAUUAGGGGUAUCUUAAUUUAUAUAUGUUGUUUUAGUAGUUUGGAUUUUUUUUUAUUGGUAAGGGAGUUUUUAUCAAUGGCAAUGCCAUCGGGGAAUGUGGUUUUAUCUGAUCAAAUGCAGUUUCCUGCUUCUGCUGCUGCAGGAGCUGGCGGUGGUGGUGCUGGUGGGGCCGUUGGUGGCGGUGGAGGUGCAGGAGGAGAGAUCCACCAGCACCAUCACCGGCAAUGGUUCCCCGAUGAGCGUGAUGGGUUUAUCUAUUGGUUGCGGGGUGAAUUCGCAGCAGCCAAUGCUAUGAUUGACUCACUUUGUCAACAUUUGCGUGAGGUUGGGGAAGUUGGGGAGUAUGAAGCCGUCAUAUCUUACAUUCAGCAAAGGAGAUGUAAUUGGAGCCCAGUGCUUCAUAUGCAACAGUAUUUUUCGGUUGCUGAAGUUUCCUACGCGCUUCAACAGGUCGCGUGGAGACGAAGACAAAGGCAUUAUGAUCAAGGGAAGGUGGGGGGAAAGGAGUUUAAAAGAUCUGGCAUUGGAUUUAAGGGGCAUAGGAUAGAGGUGGCUAAAGAUGUGCAUAAUUCUGGGGUGGAUUGUGAUGGGAAUUCGUCUGCUACCGCUGUUUCGGAGAGAAAUGAGAGAGGGAGUGAGAAACUUGAGGAAGUUAAGUCGGGUGGUGAGGUAGGGAAGGUGGAGGAUAAGGGCUCAGCUGUCACAGAGGAUAAAAAAGAUGCUGGUUCUAAACCUCAUGCUGAUAGCAGCUUAAAAAAGUGUGAGAGUUCGAAGGAAACUACACCUGGAAAUUUAGAAGCUGGAACUGAGGAUGUAAAUGGUGGAUGCACAUCAUGCUAUAAAGAGAAUGAUUCACAUUCCUCCCACAAUCAGAAUGAAAGGCAGAAUCUGGCUACCAGUCCAAAAACUUUUGUUGGUAAUGAGAUGUUUGACGGAAAGAUGGUCAAUGUGGUGGAUGGGCUAAAAUUGUACAAGGAAUUGUUUGAUGAGAAGGAAGUUUCAAAUCUUGUCUCAUUGGUAAAUGAUUUAAGGGCUGCAGGGAGAAGAGGACAAUUUCAAGAAGCAGGUCAGACAUAUGUGGCUUCAAAAAAACCCAUGAAGGGACAUGGCCGAGAGAUGAUCCAAUUGGGCUUUCCGAUUGCAGAUGCACCUCUAGAUGAUGAAACUGCUGCAGCAACUUCCAAAGCAGAUCGGAAAAUAGAAGCCGUUCCUGCCUUGCUGCAAGAUGCUAUUGAGCGUUUGGUCGACUUGCAAGUUAUGACUGCAAAGCCUGACUCUUGCAUCAUUGAUUUCUAUAAUGAGGGGGAUCAUUCACAGCCUUGCACGUGGCCACCUUGGUUUGGAAAGCCUGUUUGCCUCAUGUUCUUGACUGAGUGCGACAUUACUUUUGGAAGGGUAAUUGCAGUUGAUCAACCUGGGGACUUUAGAGGCUCUCUAAAGCUUUCUCUUGCACCUGGAUCUCUCCUUGUGAUGCAAGGAAAAUCAUCUGAUUUCGCCAAACAUGCACUUCCGACUGUCCGAAAGCAACGCAUACUUGUAACCUUUACCAAGUAUCAACCAAAGAAAUCCAUGAAUAACAACCAGAGACUUCCUUCACCUUCAGUUUCUCAGUCACCAUGGGGUCCGCCACCUAGUAGUAGAUCACCCAAUCAUUUUCGACAUUCUGCUGGUCCCAAGCAUUAUGCAGCAAUGCCAACAACUGGUGUAAUGCCAGCCCCAUCAAUUCGGCCACAAAUUCCACCUCCAAAUGGUGUUCAAACUUUAUUUGUGCCCAGUCCAGUUGCUCCUGCAAUUCCUUUUCCUGCUCCAGUUCCCAUCCCACCUGGUUCAACUGGGUGGCCAGCUGCUCCUCCAAGACAUCCUCCACCCCGUCUACCUGUUCCUGGCACUGGAGUUUUCCUACCUCCGCCAGGCUCUAGUAAUUCAUCACCUCAACAGUUGUCGACUACUGCAACCGAACUCAACAUUCCCGUUGAUGCAACUUCCCCACCGGAAGAAGAGAAUGGUUCUGGGAAACCUCAUCAUCACACAACUUCUCCCAUGGGGAGGCUAGAUGGAAAUACUCCAAAGCAAGACUGCAAUGGGAGUGUAGAUGGAAUUGGCAGCGGGGGAGCUAAGAUGAAGGAAGAACAACAGUUUGCUGAUAAUAGUAUCAAGCAAACCUGCUAGUGCAGUUUGGAAAGAGAGAGAAAUGGAAAUUCUUCAAGGAAAGGAGGUAGGCUGCGAACUGCAAUGAGUUUAAAGCAAAUGUAAAGAGCGGCAACAUUCCAGACUUUUGACAUUUCAUACCAGCAUGGGGGAACAGAGGGAAGGCAGGAACUUCUAAGUCCCCUCUCUUGUCCUUUUUUUUUGGUUGUCUUGUUAUGUAAACUCUUCAAACUGGGUGGAAAACUCCAUUCUUAAUUUAACUUUGCUUCUCAUUAAUAUCUGGUUUA